AUGUCUCAACGCCCAACAUCGCCUGCACCACCGGACUUCACCAGACCACGAUCAUCCAGCACGGACGAUGGAUACACGCUUCGCUCGUCGACGCCGAGCACAGCGCGCGCCGCCGUGUUUCCCUCGCGCGGCGCAGUCCUGGUAAACGACGUCUCCGGGUCAAACACCGCCGAACACAACACCAAUGCCGCGCCGACGUCGAGUGGUGCAUCUCGACGGCUCGCGUUUCUUAGCGAAAAGCUCUCCGGACAAGCCUCGAAAUCAUCCAAGAACCCGCUCUCCAACGCCAAUGAGCCCCUGCAAGCAUCCCUGCUUCCGCCCAGAAGUCAUUCCCGAGCGGAUUCGCGCGGAGAAGGGUCGUACAAUUCUGGUUCAACGUUGGUCAACGCGGCGCCGAGCGCGUCGUCGAAGGGUCAUCUCUCGCCCUCCAAGGCCACCUCGGGUCGGUCAGUGUACGACUCGAAGCACGUCCAGCGAGAGAUGCACCGUCUCGCCCAUCUCCCUACCGCCAUCGCGCCGUCGAUCGCUCUCGCUGCAGGAUCGAGUGCCGCAGCAAGCGUGAUCAGCCUGCCGGUGUCGGGCAAGACAUCUGGCAUAUCGAUGCCAACUCAAGGUUCAGGUAGCGACAAGGACCCGUGGAAGCAACUCCACGUCCUUUUCCUCCCGCUUUUCAACGGCGAGCCUCUUCGAUACCCUAUCGAAGAUCUCAAUACGCUCGUGAAACGACAUAUCGCGAGCGUUGUCUCCGGCGGCCCGGCCAGGGCCAUAAACACACUAGAAACGGACUGCGCCGAACUCAUAUCCGCGGGGAUGGUCACCAUGACCGCCAAGCUGGCAAAUGAGAAGGACGAGACCCUCGUCCGGCGCGUCGUCGAGGUCUGGGGCUUCUUCUGGGAUCAAGUGCUGCCGUAUGUCGAGGGCGUUCUUCUUCCUCUCCAAACGGAUCAACUCCUGCAAUCCCUCUACCGGACGCCGAAAAGUCAUACGCAUGGUUCAGGGAGCAACAGUAAGGGUGGCAGCAUGAGCGGGCUAGGGCUCACUGCAGCGCCUCAAGUAGACGUAAGGACAGUGGCGCUGCGAAUGUUCAGGGAUAAAAUCAUUCUACCAAUAUAUCCGCGCCUGCACUCCAAGUUCACGGCGUCCAAGCAGGAGCAAGAGAACAUGUUCGCCGAAACGGCUAGCCACCAGCAACCUCGGUUACGACAAAUGCUGCUCGUCCUCGCGUCCCAAGCGCGAACGCGAUUCUCGUCCCUUUCACUCACGUCGCCUCUGCCCAAGCCGGGUCCCGGCGAAGAAGCGGUCAGCAACCUCCUCAAACUCGUCAUGCACCCUCCCUCUUCCGCUUCGUCGACCUCCCCCCUCUCCUCGCACCCAUCUUUCUCGUACUCUUACUCCAAACGUGCGUCGAGGGCUCCGUCGUUCCUAUCCAGCGGAAAGCCCCGGGACCGAAGAGGCCGGGUCGCGAGCAAGCCGCACAGCCUAAAGGUCGCCAGUUUGGAUAUAGCAGGAGAGGAAGGCGAUGGUGAAGAAACGCCUCGCGGCUUCGUGCUAUCAUCGGAUGGCGAGAAAUCAAGGCGGGAGCUUCUGGAAGCUCUUCGGUCGCCCACAAGCGCAGAACCGGACAGUGCCCCACACAAUCGCGCCAGCUUCGGCGGGUGGGGAUUACCCGCCGGCGAGGAGGACGGAGAGAAGAAGGACGACGAGGAGGAGUACGGAGAGACGAUCGGGGAGAGCAUGGACUGGGAUGCGGCCCAAGCCGUGGUGGAGAAGAUGGUCGGAAUGAACUUCGGAGUAGGGGGAACUUAGUUCGCAUGCUGAGGCGUGUUGUCGGAACAUCGGGGACUGGACCAUGUUUUGCUGAGUUCUCCGCUUCUGCGUGUCUUGGUCAGGUUCUCGUUGCUGUGUAUGUGGCGCUUGAUUCAUUACGCUCAACGUCAGGUACGGCUGAAGUAACGAAGCCCACCCCGCACGCCAACUAGCUAUGUAUCGG